AUUUUUAAUCCUAAGCACAUGCUCCACACUGUCCUCUCCUUCAACUCUCGUCUUCCCCUUUGCUGUUCCUCAGGAAGAUCCAAAUCUAACCGGCGAGAGAGAGAAACGGAGAGAUAUUCUUCUCAGAGUGAUCUCUCUGUUUCUAUAUCUCUCUCUAUCUCGAUUAUCAACAAUGGCCGAUGAACCUUCUCUCACUCGGUGGUCUUUUCAGGAUUUUAAAAUAUUUUAUGAUGCCAAGUUUGGGAGAAAGAAGAUACCGGAGAAGCAAAACGGUGAGUCGGCUGCUGAUAAAUCAGUGCCAAAUGGGAGUUCUUCUUCGAGCGCUUCAUCGAACGGAAAUGGUCAGGUCAAGAACAUACCGGACAUGGCCAUUUACGAGCAGUAUAGAAACCAAGAUAGGAGCACAAACCACUCGAAUGGAGUUUCAUCUAACGGGAUUGGUGCAAAACCGCAGAAGCCUUUGCUUCCUACUUUUGAUUCUGCUGAAACUCGCUCUUUAGCAGAAGGUUUAUGCAGGGAUAUUGUUCGUGGGAACCCUGAUGUCAAGUGGGAAAGCAUUAAAGGAUUAGAGAAUGCCAAACGUUUACUGAAAGAAGCAGUUGUCAUGCCAAUAAAAUAUCCCAAGUACUUCACUGGUCUUCUAUCACCAUGGAAAGGCAUUCUUCUUUUUGGUCCUCCAGGGACAGGAAAGACAAUGCUUGCAAAGGCUGUCGCUACAGAGUGCAACACCACAUUUUUCAAUAUUUCAGCAUCUUCUGUUGUUAGCAAGUGGCGAGGUGAUUCGGAAAAGUUAGUGAAGGUGUUAUUUGAACUUGCUAGGCAUCAUGCACCAUCUACUAUUUUUAUUGAUGAAAUUGAUGCAAUUAUUAGUCAACGGGGCGAAGGUCGCAGUGAGCAUGAAGCAAGUAGGCGUUUGAAAACUGAGCUACUCAUACAGAUGGAUGGUUUGAUGCGGACAGAAGAGCUAGUUUUUGUUUUGGCAGCAACAAAUCUCCCCUGGGAGUUGGAUGCAGCCAUGCUCCGGCGUCUUGAGAAGCGAAUACUUGUACCUCUUCCGGAACCAGAGGCAAGAAGGGCCAUGUUUGAGGAACUCCUGCCAUCACAACCUGAUGAGAUUGAGCUCCCUUAUGAUCUGUUGGUGGGAAGUACAGAAGGUUAUUCAGGUUCAGAUAUUCGAUUACUGUGCAAAGAAGCUGCCAUGCAGCCACUGAGACGGCUGAUGGCACUCCUUGAAGAUAGACGGGAAGUGGUGCCUGAGGAUGAGUUGCCAAAAGUUGGGCCGAUCACAGCAGAUGAUAUAGAAACAGCCUUGAAAAACACCAGGCCAUCUGCUCAUCUCCAUGCCCACCGUUAUGAGAAGUUUAAUGCUGAUUACGGUAGCCAAAUACUCCAAUGAAGGCGCACAUUCUCUGUUGUCAUUCUAAAUUCCUCCAUGUAAUGUUUCUUAGUUCAUGUUCUUGUCGAAUGAUGUUUAGUAUUGUUUCUUUACCAUAAUGAGUCUAGAGCAGAUAAUCAUAUUUCGUGGUUUUGUCGGUUUAUUUUAAGUGAAGCUGGAGAUGCUUUCUGUAGAUUAGCACAUUCAUUGGGAGGUCACUGUACAUUGGAUGUGCAAAUUGAAUUUUACAAGAUUCUUUUUUCCGCUUUGACAUUUGAUGUGAUCCCGACCCCCUUCCGUCAACUUGCGGGGAGUCUGGGAGAAGUUGAAGACUGUUUACUUGCCUAGUUCUUUUUCACCAUGUUUGCUACAGACCCUAUCUGGUGCUUUUCUUUUUCUUAAUAAAAGGGGGUGAAUUUGUAGACGA